GUUGCCGAGCCGGUCGCUCGCACAAAUCUCUCCGCGCGGUGGAUGAUAAUAUCGCUGGCACGCCGAGCGCGAUAGCAGCGCGAAGUUUCCGCUCUUAUCGCUUUUCUUCUUUUCCCCUUUCCUCCUCCCCAAUCUCCGCCCCCGAAGCCGCCGUUUUAUCCACGUCCCUUGCCCCUCCGUCCCGCCGCCUCGCCCCCUCAUUCUCCCGUUUGUUUUUGCCGCCAGCGCGGCGAGCGUGCAACGGUAUCAGGUUUGAAGCGUGCCGCGAGUACCAGCCUCGAUCCUGCGCUCUUCGCUUGGCCGUGGCGUUCGAUCAGGGCCGAGGGAGGCCACCAUUUUGACAUCACGCCGGCGAGAUCGCGUGGCGGAACAGCUGUACUCUCUAUUUCUCCCUGUCGGCCAAGUUGGGGCGGCAAGAGGGGGUCGACCGAAGAGCCAACGUGGCCUGGCGAUCUGGUGUUAGCGCACGAGCGUCGCGGAAGAUAAUACGGUUACGUGCCUGUGCGCCAUCUCACACGGACUCUUCCCGGGUGUACCAAGCGUGGGUGCGGCGCGCAUCAUGGCGGUAGAAUCGAGGUGGAUGCCGUGCCGACUGAAAAUCGAGCCGAAUAUCUGCUGCGUCGAUUAUGACGGUAUUAUCCUGGUGUCAGGAAGUGACCCUGGAUCCGACCAACCGGAACCCUUCAAAACUGUCCUGUACGGCGUGGCUCAGAUCGAUGCCGCGCUGGGCGUGAUCGGCGCGGUUUUGCCCAUCAAUUUGCCCGCAAAAAGGCUCAUUUACAGUCCAACGGGUCCGCUUAACAUGGAUUAUCACGACGUGCGGAGCUUUGCGGAGGCUGCCACGAAGGGAAUAAAGCGGGCGUUGAAGGCUGGGGUGAAACGUCCUUUGCUGGUGCUACUGCCGGACGAACGCUUCGAGAACGUCGAGCUGGUCACGCUCCUUGGCGCCCUGGAGGGUCUCUACGUGCCCCUGGAAGUGCGAGAAAUAUGUCCGGAUCGGUGCUACAAGGCGUGUCAGCUCGGAGUGUGGAGCCCGAUUUGCAGUAAACGGCUUCAGGGUAUCGUGAAACUCGCCUCGGCACUCGAGAGUGGCAGAUACGUCGCGAGGGACAUUGGAGGCGCAGACCCCGAAAGGAUGGCGCCCCCGCGGGUGGAGGAGUACCUCGCGGAGCUGUUUUGCGGCACCAACAUCAGCAUGCAGGUGGUGUCCGAUCAGGACACCCUGCUACAGGAGUACCCGCUGUUCGCCUGUGUGAACCGCGCAGCAUCCGUGAUACCACGCCACGCCGGUCGGAUCAUCUUCCUGACUUACGAGCCGGCCGGCUGCGUCCUGGAGACGAUCAUGCUCGUGGGCAAGGGCGUCACUUACGACACCGGUGGUGCCGACAUCAAGUGCCAGGGUGUGAUGGCCGGCAUGUCGAGGGACAAAUGUGGCGCAGCUGCCUGCGCCGGAUUCAUGCAGGUGGUGAACCUGCUGCAACCACCGACGGUGAAGGUGGUUGUCGCGCUGUGCGUCGUGAGGAACAGCGUUGGCGAGAACUGCUACGUCUCCGACGAGGUGAUCACCGCGAAAUCCGGCGCGAGGGUGCGCGUGGGCAACACGGACGCGGAGGGCAGAAUGGCCAUGGCUGAUGCUCUGUACCAUCUGAAGGAGAUGGCCCUGUGCUCCGUCAACCCGCAUCUCUUCACGGUAGCCACGCUAACGGGCCACGCGGUACUAACCGCCGGCUUGGGAUAUACCAUCGCGAUGGAUAACGCCGUGGCGCGGUUAGCCAGCAACUCGGAGAAGCUCCAAGCCUCCGGCGAGACUAUGGGCGACCCGUUCGAGAUAUCGCGGAUACGCAGGGAGGACUUCCAGGCCCACGAAGGACGCAGCGAGGGGGAUGAUGUUCUUCAAGCAAUGAAUCAGCCCAGCUCGAAGAUUCCGCGAGGUCAUCAGGGUCCAGCUGCCUUCCUGAUCAAGGCGUCUGGAUUGCAUAAGCAUGGUACUCGGUCGAAGAAGCCGCUAAAGUACAGCCACCUGGACGUGGCUCCCAGCGCUGGUGAUCUUCCGGAACAGCCGUCCGGUUCUCCGAUUUUAGCGCUUGCCAAAUCGUUUCUUCUCGACAAGAUAAACAUAGAGACCGCGGAAACUAAAGCUUAACGCUACUCUCUCAGAAAGGAUUUCUGACGAAAAAUAUUCUUGACACAUUUAAUCGUAUCGCUUGCUAUUUUGAGAAUUAUAUACAUACAUUUAAGCUUAUAUAUUCUUACAUUUAAAAUAAAACUAUUAUAUAUUGAUGCAAGCGCUAUAAUACGUGGCGCGAAACCGAUAUCUGUUACCGUCUUUCGUCGACUUAACGUCUUCUUCUUCAUUUUAUUCUAUAUUGAAGAAUUUUCCAUUUAAUAUUAAAAUAUCCUUUCCAUUUAAGAUUAAAAUAUCCUUCUUUAAUAAAUAUGAUUGGCGCUACAUCGAUCCUAUUUUAUGAUAGAUCGAAGAGAAUAAUAUUGCAUUCAGAAAUACCUUUUCUGCGGGUAUAGCGUCGAGUCUGUUAGGUGUCUCUUAUGACACAUAUCUCAGGCGAUUAAUGUUCGCGGUGAGCCCGCCAGCACAGCCGAAAAUGCAAAUAACGAUUAAUUAUCCCUGUAAACCCUUCACAUCCGAGUUCCCGACCCUCGGCCGGAAGUGGCGCAGCGCGAAUUCGCCUCGCGGCGCAAACGAUUACACCCCCGAGUCAUUCGAUAACCGGCAGUCCCGCCACGUGUCACGUGUCGCGAGCGUUACGCCCGCAAGAGCCCGUUCAGCCGCGAUACGUCAUUUACAGUCUCCGCGCGCGGAAACACUCCGUUUUAGGGACUCCGUUUAUCGCAUUAUAUCGCAUCUGCCAGUCAACCUCGUUACUCGUUUGACCCCUCCCUCCUUCCUUCCCUCCAUUUGCCCGUCACCUAACUCGCCGCAAUGGAUCUUUUAUGGACGAUCGACUUAACGCGGGCACCGCGAACAGACGUUAAUGGAUAAGACGGAUUAAAAAGCUUCCCUGUUACAAUGA